AUGUUGCUUAAACUUGUGUUAGCGUUUCUGUCAGUUUGUGCGAUUAGUUCUCAAAUAUUGCCACCCACUACCAUUCGAAGGGUAAGGCCGGGACCGACAAUCAACACUCCUGUUGGUCCUAUUCAAGGUCAAGAAGAAACUUACGACCUUUUCCGACGCAUGUAUACAUUUAAGGGCAUAAGAUAUGCUCAAGCGCCGAUUGGAAACUUAAGAUUUAGACAAGGAGUUCCACCACCGCCAUUCCAACAGACCUUCCAAGCUUGGGAUUAUGGUUCACGUUGCCCCCAAUUCAGUCUCUUGCUUGAACGCUACGAGGGCGACGAAGAUUGUCUCUUCCUUAACAUCGCUACGCCCACAAAUAUCAGGUCAAGAUUGCCAGUUGUCGUUUUAAUUCAUGGUGGCGGACUUGUAAUGGGACAUGGAGAAAUGGGGCUUUUGGGACCUGAACACAUUGUUCACGAGAACGUCAUUUAUGUGUCAUUUAACUAUCGAUUGAAUGUGCUUGGUUUCAUGAAUACUGGCGAUAGAAAUUCACCAGGAAAUUUUGGAUUUAAAGACAUGAUUAUGGCACUUCAAUGGGUUCGAAAUAACAUUGAGUCUUUCGGUGGAAAUCCUAAUGAUGUAACAAUUCUGGGUGGAAGUGGUGGUGCUGUUGCUGUACAAGCUUUAGUAGUGACACCAGUCGCUGCUGGACUUUUCCAUAAAGCAAUUGCACAAUCAGGUUCAUUAUUCAAUAAUUGGGCAUUUAAUCGAAAUCCAAUAAGUUUAGUUCAGAUGUUGGUGUCAAAUUUAGAGUUGCAAGUGACUGACAAUGUUGAUUUGAUGAAUCAAUUGAGAGAAGUGUCACCUGAGAGAUUGUUGCGUAACGCUGGAAUUCUUACUGAUAGAAAUCCAAGACUCUUCGAAGAGUUAAGCUUUGUGGCUUCAGUCGAUGCAGUCGAUUCUCUCGAACCGAGAAUCUUCACAGCACCGAUAUCUGAUCUUGUGAGAACUGGAAAUAUUAAUCAAGUUCCUUUUAUGAUUGGUUUUAAUUCAUUUGAAAGUCUUUAUGCCGUCACUGACAUAGCAAACGACGCGACUAUUCUCGAGAGAUUAAAUCAAAAUCCACAUUUGUUAGUUCCAUCAGAAUGGAACUUAACUCCGGGUUCGGCAGAAGCUGCACAAGUCAUCAAUGUAUUCAGACAAUUAUAUUUUAAUGGAUCUCCUGUCAUAACUAAUGAGAUGGCUUUGGGAUUUGCUGAAUACGUCUCAGAUCGUGAAUUUAUUUUUGGUGUCUCUAAAAUGGCGCGACUUCAUCUAACUCGGCAGCCAAUUUAUUAUUUCCGGUUUAGUUUUAGCGGUGCAUUGAAUCUAGCUAAACGUGGUCUUGGAUUGAUGGAUAUUCCGGGAGCAAUGCAUGGUGACGAUAUAUUUUAUCUUAUGCGUCUCAAUCGAGCUGCAACUCCAGUUUUGCCAUCUGAUGAAGCUUACACAAUUCAACGACGAUAUGUUCGCAUGUGGACAAAUUUCAUGAAAUAUUCUACACCAACACCUACGACUAUUGAUCCAUUGAUAAGAGUAAUUUGGCCACCGAUGACUUCAAAUACAGAAUUUAUGGAGAUCGGACAAGAUUUAACUGUUGAUUCUGAACCGUUUAAUGUAAGAAUGCGAACUUGGGAAUUAUUUGAUCAAUUAUUUAACCCUUAAAUGUGUUUGGAGACGAAAAACUUUUUAAAAGAUUAAUAAAGAAAAUUCAUAAAUAAAAGCAA